AUGGCGGGCGACUCUGCUGAAUCCCAAAUGCAAUUCCCUCGCCUGGAUCCAGAAAAGGCCGAAAUUCGCGUCUUGGAGAUCCAGUCUGGGGACAAGGAUUCUGCACUUGAGUGCAAAUAUCACAUUGUCGACCUCACAGACUUGAAUUUGACUUAUGAGGCCCUUUCAUACGCUUGGGGAACCCCUCAUACCGACAACGAUCGCCUGUUAAAGAUCGAUAAUGGUCAUGUUCAAAUCACCUCAACCCUCUUGGAUGCCAUUCAGCAUCUGCGGCUUCUAGAUCGACAUCGUUAUAUGUGGAUCGACGCUCUCUGUAUCAACCAGGCUGAUGACGAAGAGAAAACCUUGCAAGUCGAUAUGAUGGAUCAGAUAUACUCGAAAUGCGAACAGUCAGUUGUCUGGUUAGGACAUCUGGGCGAGGUUCAACCCUCAGAUGCCGAAGCCGUCUUCGACCUACUCUAUUGGAUGGCUGGUGAGCAAGAUGAGCCUGCAUGGACAGGAGACAGUUUCAGAUGUGAAUUCAUUGGGCAGACUUUGAAAAGGUUCAUGCGUUUGCCAUGGUGGUAUCGCAUCUGGACCGUCCAGGAGACGAUUCUCCCCUCCAAGGCCACCCUCCUCUGGGGCCACCUCUCGAUCGAUCGAACUACCCUCUACAAAGCUGCCGACACCAUCUUCGAUGAUGAUUGUCCCAACAUCCCAAACGAACUGUUCGCUGAUAAUGCCAUCAACGAUUUAACGUCAUCUAUGCGUGGAUUAUCCUUUUCGCAGAAUGAGAGGCCAUUGCAGCUUUUUGUUCGAUGGAGGUUUCGGCACGCGACUGACCCCCGUGACAAAGUCUACGGUCUCAUGGGUUUCCGCGAAGAUUUAUCGCUGCCGACGGUGAAAUCAUGCGACUACACGAUUGACGCCAGGACGCUUUUCAAACGCAUCACCGCCGAUUUGAUUCGUGCCGAAGGCAGUCUCUUGCCGCUGAUUGGCCGUCGCGGGGAGACAUCCGAUCUUGCGAGGCAGCCUGAGGGCUUCCCUUCAUGGGUCUUUGAUUGGGUUGAGCCGGUAGAUCCAAGCCACAAACUGUCGCAGUAUUGGAAACAUGAAGCAUGCUGGUACUGGUAUGACUUCACCCCUGAUGCGGGACUAUAUGGAGUGGGAGACGGGCUGAAGAUGAUCGGGGAAGACAUCCUGUGUCUAUGCGGACUGUACGUGGACAAGGUGGCCGUAGUGGAGAGGCCCGACAACGACCGGUCUGAGGCAGAUCACGGGUCAGAAAUGGCAAGGAGUCUCAGCGUGGUGGAAAGAUGGGAGGGGGUGGUUGAGAGGUUUCAGAGAGAACGGCCAGGAGUGCUUCGUCGUGGUUGGGUUCGAGAGCUCUGCAGUGUUGCUGCAGGGAGGUUUGCACCUGAUCAGGACGACACUGGCGCGAUGGCAGAUUACCAUUAUGACAUGGUGCAAGGCCAAUCCCUCUUUAUCACGGAGGGGGGCAAGUUUGGCAUUGGACCUAAGAACGCACAGCCAGGACAUGAAGUAUGGGUUGUUGGUGGUAGCACGCUUCCCUUUCUCCUCAGCCCUGUGGACUCCACGCAUGAGGCUUCCGAGGGUGGUCUGGAUUUUACCCUUUUUGCUGAUUGCCUGGUCUAUGGAAUCAUGUAUGGGGAAGCUGUGGAAGGUAGGGGGCAUGAAGAAGUGGAAUUCAGGCUUCAUUGA